UAUUGUUGGUUGUUUCUCUCAUUCGUGUAGUGUGCGUUUUUCACAACAACAACAUCAUGGACUCCACGCACAGAAGAACUAACUCCCCGUUUCUCUCUCUCCAUCUCUCUCUCUCUCUACACUCAUUCACCACCUGUCCAUUCACAUUCAUCCCCUCUCCCUCUUCUUUUCACCCUUCCAUAUUUCUCUUCUUCUUCUUCUUCUUCCCAUUUUCUGUUAUUACGCUUUUUCAACAACCCCUCAUUUCUCUCCACCAUCUUCUUCUGUAUGUCUCUCAAGAUCUGUCUAGGAGUGGAGUUUGAUAUGAUCAUUGGUAUCAAGUAAGAGACUUCAUUCUUUACACUAAGGGGGAUUUUGCAAAUGCUAAAUUUUGCUAGGUCCAGAACUCCGGCAAGGGCAACUACCAGACCUACAACAAUGGGAAGUAUGGAUUAUGCAGAACCAAAAAGGAAGGGAAAUUUUGUUGGAAAAGUUUUUAUUGCUGCUGUGUUAACAACAAUAUGUAUUAUCAUGAUCAAGCGAUCUCCAAAUUUGAAUUCCCCUAGUCCGUUUGCCGUCCACGAAACUGGGGUCACACAUGUUUUAGUAACAGGGGGAGCAGGCUAUAUUGGCUCACAUGCUGCUUUUCGACUUCUGAAGGAUAGCUAUCGUGUCACCAUAGUAGACAAUCUGUCACGAGGAAAUUUGGGUGCCGUCAAGGUUCUUCAAGAGUUAUUUCCUGAACCCGGAAGGCUUCAAUUUAUAUACGCUGACUUGGGAGAUUCAAAUUCGGUUAAUAAAAUAUUUUUGGAGAACAAAUUUGAUGCCGUGAUGCACUUUGCUGCUGUUGCAUAUGUAGGAGAAAGCACCGUAGAUCCUCUUAAGUAUUAUCACAAUAUAACUUCAAAUACGUUGUUGGUAUUGGAGUCUAUGGCUAAAUAUGAUGUGAAGACAUUGAUAUAUUCUAGUACAUGUGCAACAUAUGGAGAACCUGAAAAGAUGCCCAUUACAGAAGUAACACCGCAGGCUCCAAUUAAUCCAUAUGGUAAAGCCAAGAAGAUGGCAGAGGAUAUCAUCCUUGAUUUUUCUAAAAAUUCAGACAUGGCAGUAAUGAUUCUCAGAUACUUCAACGUGAUUGGAUCAGACCCUGAAGGAAGAUUGGGUGAGGCUCCAAGACCUGAAUUGCGGGAGCAAGGUCGAAUAUCCGGUGCCUGCUUUGACGCAGCUCGUGGUAUUAUUCCUGGCUUAAAGGUUAGAGGAACAGACUAUAAGACAAGUGAUGGAACUUGCAUACGAGAUUAUAUCGAUGUAACAGACCUGGUUGAUGCUCAUGUCAAAGCUCUUGAAAAGGCACAGCCUGCUAAAGUUGGGAUCUACAAUGUUGGCACAGGAAAAGGUAGUUCAGUGAAGGAAUUUGUCGAAGCUUGCAAAAAGGCUACAGGUGUGAAUAUUAAAGUAGAAUUCCUUCCUCGUCGUCCCGGUGAUUAUGCUGAGGUGUACAGUGACCCAACAAAGAUCAACCGUGAACUGAAAUGGACUGCGCAACGCACUGAUCUUGAAGAGAGUUUACGGACUGCAUGGAGAUGGCAGAAAUCUCAUCGCGAUGGAUAUGGGAUUCCAAAUACAUAUUGAAUUAUUCAGAAUUUUAACAUUGCAGAAGAUUAGAAGCAUCCCUAGCAGCAACAUAGCUGCACUUUUAUUUACCAUAUUAGAUAUUAGAAGAGGAGGUGAUAUUUUUUGGUUCUUCUUUCACUCCAUAGUGAUUGGUAUUCAGUUAUUUGUUUCUUAUAGGGAGUUACUAGUCCAUUCAUUAUAUGUAUUAUUGACUACAUAAAUAUGAUUCAAUAAUAUAAUGCCAGGUUCUGGUAUAGUUUUUCAUA